CUGUACGAUACCCAUGAAACCGACAUGUUACAGUCAAUUAGACCCCAUCUCUGUCCCAACUGAAGAUGGCUGCUGUUCGACAUGGGACUGUAAUUGUAACUGUGAAAUAUGGGGGAGAAAACAUUAUCAUACCUUUGAUGGAAUAUACUACAAAUUCCUCGAAGAUUGUGCAUAUGUUCUCGUAGAAGAAAAGGUUCCAAGAUACAAUUUCUCUGUGAUACUUGAUAACUCUGACUGCAAUAAAGAAAGAUCCAAGCGCUGCCAUAAAUCGCUCAUUAUUAACUACAGUGGGCAUAUCAUUAAUUUUUCAGCUAAAAACCGACAAAAGCCCAUAGUAACUGUUGAUGAAGUCAAAGUGAGUUUUCCAUAUCAUGCAGAAGGAUUUCAUAUUACAAAAAAUUGCAAAAAAGUAACCAUUUCUAUUCCUGAUAUUCGAACCACAAUCACUGGCAAAAAAAACAACUUCCACAUUCAAGUACCAGAACAGUACUUCUUAGACAACACCCAAGGACAAUGUGGUUCGUGUUCUAGAAAUAUAAAGGAUGAAUGUGUAAGAAAGAAUGGAAAGAUAGAACCAGAUGACUGCUGUCACAAAACUGCAUUGGAUUGGAAAGUUGAUGAUCCUAAUAAGCCACGUUGUCAAGCAGCUCCUACAAAUGUGUCUUGUGAAGUGCCUCCUACUGUCCCUCCAUGUGAAUCUGGGAAAACUGUGUGUGAUGUCCUAUCAGGAGUGACUUUCAAAGAAUGCAAUGCAGAAAAACAACUGAGUGAUUACAUCACGGCAUGUCUGGAAGAUCAUUGUGCCGUGAAUUCUACAGAGACAGACUGUUCUAGCCUGGAAGCUGCUGCCAAGUCUUGUAUUGCAGCAGGGAAAUGUGUUGACUGGAGAAACUCAACAAACGGAUUAUGUCCACACAACUGCACAGAGGGAUUCAUCUAUAAAGCCUGCGCCAAAUACAAUCAUGAUUAUUGUAAGGACGGUGAGAAGAAAUCUGGGGAGAGAUUUUCUGAACACAUUGAAGGCUGCUUUUGUGAAAAUGGAUUAAUGCUAUCUGAGGAUGAAACCGGAUGUGUUUCUUCAUGUGCUAGAUGCAAAGACUAUGCAGGAAACGUGCGAUACGAAGGUGACCAUUGGUCUCAUCCCAAUGAUACAUGCAUUCACUACACAUGUAUAGGAGAUGCAGUAACAGAGACAAAAAUAACAUGUUCAUCUCAUCCAGACUGUGAUGAGGCUGACAAAACAUGGGACAAUUAUCGAUGCUGCUAUUCCUGUCCUAACAAAUUGACACAAUGCAAGGUGAAAAGUAAAAUGAUUAGCAUUGGAGACGGUCCAUGUUCAGAGACCAUUGAGGUGAAAGCAUGUGAAGGAUAUUGUAGCUCAUUUGCUAUAUUUGAUCCCAAAACAAAUGGCAUGAAACAAACAUGUGACUGCUGCCAGGAGGAAAACACUGAGGAAAAACAAAUAAGUCUGACCUGCCCCAAUGGGGAAUCUCAAACAUACACCUACAUUUCUGCCAAAUCAUGCAAAUGCAAAACCUGCAAAGGUGAAAACGCUUAACGUUGUGAUCUCAAAGCCUGACAACUGGAUAUAAUUUGUGCAACAAACGUAGAUGUUAAAAUCUGAAACAUUAUUCUUCAUAAUUUCUAUUUGCUUGGUUUUAAUGUUGUUUAAC